GGCGGGGCACAGCCAUGCUGCUCCUCGCCUUGGGGCACCUGGCUGGGCUGCUGGCAUCAGGCACCACCUGCACCGACAUCUACCAAGGCUUCUCAGACUGCGUCCUCAAGCUGGGGAAGAACAUGGCCACAUAUGAGGAUGGGGAGGGCAUCGAGCUGCAGGAGCUGCACCGAGUCUGUGGGUACUGGGAUGAGUUCCACACGUGUGCCCUGACAGUGCUCUGGGAGUGCCAGAAAGAAGCAGUGGCCAUCUGGGAGAUGCUGAGACUGGAAUCUCGAAAGAUCAAAUUUCCAGGCAGCUUGUUCGACCUCUGCAGCCCCAGCACGGCCCAGAGCUUUGCCUGGACCCACGUUCCCAACGUUUCCACCCUUGGUAUCCCCCUCGUCAUCACUUGGCUGAAUUUAUAAACUGCAGCUGUGGAAGGAUGGCACAGAGGUGGUGGCAGCAGCAGCAGCGUGUGUCGGGGCAUCCUAAUGAGCAUUUUUCCAAAUGGGAAAUCCUCUGAGGAAUGCACUGUGCUCAGUGAACACUCGGCUCCCUCCUGCACCUGGGAGAUGCAGAAGAGCUUGGCAGCUUCUCCUGGGUUUUGCUGCUUCUUUGUCAUUUGGGAUAACACCUGUCCCCUUCUGCCUCAAGGCACCAAGCUGGCUGACUGCAGAGUUUGGGAACUUGUAGAUAUGGGGCAGAGGAUUUGGGGAGGAAUUGAGAAAUUGGUUGAGAACACUGGAUUCUUUUGCACUCUUCUGUGGCUCCUGGAAGGAAACCUGUUUGCUUUGCUGACUCUUUCCAUCAGAUCAACUCUCCAGAUUUUUUUAUUUGGGCACUGAAAACGAGAUGGGCAUUUCUGCCACUGGUAUUUGUGAGGUGCAGGGGACAGUGUCUGGCCUCUCAAAGGAGUCCCUACAGCUCUGUACUGGCCUUUUUUCUUUGAGGACAUGUUGAAACCCCUGCUGGGGAAUAAUCACGGGUGUAUGAGCUCUUCUCCUGCACAUAUCUGAAUUCCCAAGUAACUCUUGUGUUAUGUGUAAAUCCCUUUUUUUUAAGAAAAUAGAGGUGAGGGAAAUAUCUGGGGGGAGAGGGAGUGUCAAGCUAGCUGGACAGAAAGUAUUUAUAGCAACUCCUUUGCUGCAAAGCUUUCCCCAAGGAACCUGCAAGCAGCUCUGUGGGUGGCAGUGUGUAAUUCCAGAGCAUUAAAGUUUGUUUAGAGCCUA